AUGAAUAGUGGAGAAAUUAUUGGCAAAUAUCAAAAUAAAGUAGAAGAAUGUCUUUAAGGUGUUUAAUAAUAUUUAGAUGUAAGAUAUUGAAUUAUAUAAAUGAUAGUGCUCUUAUGACAAAAUUGAUUCUUACCUUGAUUAACUUCUGCUUGAUCCUUAUCCAUAUGUUCCAAUAAAGAAUCUAAAUUUGGCCCUACCAGUAAUAUAGCUAUUUCAGCCUUCUAUACAACCAUUAAUUAAUUAAUUAAUUGAAGAAGUGAAACCUAUAAUCAAUUUAACUUUUUAUAAGCAAAUUAAAUAAUAACAAGAAAAUUUAGAUUGCCUUUAAUAAUAACUCAUUUAGUAAUAAACCAAACAAAUACAACAAUAGAACCAAAUAAUAUAAGACAACCAUCAUUAAUCAAAUCUCAAACGAUUCAAUUAUAAUUUAAUAUAGAAAUAUUACAUUCAAUAAUGGGAAUACUGUUAUGCAAUUGCUAUUAAUUAAGAUAAUUCAAUUGUAUUAGCUGGAUGUGAUAGUAAGAUCAAAAUAUUUGAAUUUAAAUAAGAAUAAUUAAUACAAAUUUAACUUCUAAGUGAUCAUUAAAGUAAUGUUACAACCUUAAACUUUAUGAAGAAAUCAAAUCAAUUUAUAUCUGGAAGUUCUGAUAAUUCGAUUAUUAUAUGGUCUAUGGAUUAACAUAAUUAAUGGAUCUGCUCAUAGAAAUUGAAUGAACAUAAAGAUUUGAUUAAUUGUUUAUUAUUGAACAAUAAUGAAGAUAUUAUAAUAUCAGGAAGUAAUGAUAAAUCAAUUAAAUUUUGGAUAAAGUAGAAUGAAUGGAUAUGUUCAUAAACAAUAACAGAUCAUACAGAUGAUGUAUUAGGAUUAAGUCUGAAUGAGAAAUAGAAUAGAGUGAUAUCUUGUGAUAAAGAUAAGUUAAUAUUAAUAAUAGAACAGUCAUCAUAGGAUUAAAAGUGGAGUAUAAUAUAAUAGAUAAUAGUUGAUGAGUGGGGUUUAAGAUUAUGCUUUAUCAUUGAUAAUUUAUUCAUAUUCCAACCUUAUCAUUAAGAGAAGAUGCAUGUUUAUGAGUUGAAUAACAAUAAUAAAUAGUACUCAAAGACAAAAGAAAUUGCUGUUAAAUGCGGUAACAAUUCAUGUUAUUACUGGUUUCCUUAAUAAUAUAUCAAGUCGAAAUGCCUAUUUGUGAAUAAGAAUGGUUAAAAUGUUAAUUUGAUAAGGAAGAACCAAAAUGGAGAUUUUAUAACAUAAUAAUCUAUUGAAUUUAAACAUUAUUAUAUAUUUGGAUAGAUGAGUGAAAAUGGAGAGUAUUUAAUAACUUGGGAUUACGAUUCUAAGGCAAUUUAAAUUAGAAAAUAUGAUGAAGAAUGA